CACCGAUCUUCGAAGGUCACUCACGUUCCUUCGAAAAUGUGGACAAAGUCGUUGCUACUUGUAAGACAGGCUGCGAAACCGGCUGUUGCCCGGCAGUCAGUCCGCCAUGGGAGCUAUAACCUGAGGGAAAUUGCUGUCAAGUAUAACAAUGACCUUUGUUCCGUACCAGUCCCACAGGGUUCCCAUAAGGCAGACUUCAAGGCCAGGGAUUUCAAAUUGAACUGGCAAAUAGGUGUAUUAAUAGCCUUGAAUCUAGGACUUUACAAAUUUUAUGGGACCUACUAUCCUGGUACAGAUGCUAGAGGCAGGCUGAGCACCUACAAAAUUGAUCCUCCCGUCUAUAACACUUCUGAUAAAUAUGGGCAUGUGGAUGAACCUGACGAGUCUUACGUGUCUGUUUUUGGGGAUGUAGAAAACUACAGCUAUAAGGCAUAAGUGGUUUGACAUGACUUAACAUUGAGAUUGAAAAAGUUGAAGUCAUACACUGGACAAAUUCCUCUGAAAAUCUGAAUGUAUUUGUAAAGGUUUUACUUUAAAUUAACACAAAAACAACAAAAAAAAAAUAAAAAAUCUUGAAUUAA